CGCCUGCCUCUCUCCCGCCCUUCCUCCCUACUGCCGUCCUCCUCCCUGCCCGCCGCCGUCUCCGCUCCGUGCCGGCUGUGGGUGCUGAAGUUGGGCGGAUGGCAGCAGCCCCGCUCCGCUAGGGACGAACCGCCGCAACCCUCCUCGGGAUCGCUGAGCGCCAACUGCACGCAGCCGGGCGGGGGUGGCCACUUGGGCACUGAAGUAGCUGAAAUGAGAAAGAGGCAGCAGUCACAAAAUGAAGGAACAUCAGCUGUGUCUCAAGCACCUGGAAACCAAAGGCCCAACAACACAUGUUGCUUUUGUUGGUGCUGUUGCUGCAGCUGUUCAUGCCUCACUGUUAGGAAUGAAGAUAGAGGAGACAAUGCAGGAAGGCCAACACAUACAACCAAAAUGGAAAGCAUCCAAGUCAUAGAAGAAUGCCAAAACCCGACUGCAGAUGAAAUUCUGUCUUGGGCUCAGAAUUUUGACAAGAUGAUGAAAACACCAGCUGGGAGGAACCUUUUUAGAGAGUUUCUUCGAACAGAGUAUAGUGAAGAGAACCUGCUUUUCUGGCUUGCAUGUGAAGAUCUAAAGAAGGAACAGAACAAGAAAGUUAUUGAAGAAAAAGCAAGGCUUAUAUAUGAAGAUUACAUUUCUAUACUUUCACCAAAAGAGGUUAGUCUUGACUCCCGGGUGAGAGAAGUGAUCAACAGAAACUUGCUGGAUCCCAGUCCUCAUAUGUAUGAAGAUGCCCAACUCCAGAUAUACACCUUAAUGCACAGAGACUCUUUCCCAAGGUUCUUGAACUCUCAAAUUUAUAAGUCUCUUGUUGAAAGUAUUACAGGCUCUACUUCUGAAACUUAGUUUUAAUUUUAAUUUUCAAAUAAAAUAACUUCAUUUUUUCGGGGGUGGGCGGGACAGAAGAAAAGUAGUUUAUUACCAUCUGGAGCUGGGUUCCUGGAGAACUACAGUUUAGCUCUACUCAGGCUACUGUGAAGAAAACAAAUACAUACUAUGGUCUCUGUCUACAUUUUUACCAAGGUCCUCCUUGCUUGAAAUAGCAUGGGAGAGAAACAGUGGAUUUGCCAAAAUACAUUUGUUUCGCACUCCUUUCACCCAACUGCAGUCAAGAUUGCAAUGAUGUAUUUGUAGUUUUAUGAACAGUCUCCUUGUGUAUCCUCACAUUGCAUGUGCAAGGUAAAACUGCUUCACUUACCACUUAGUUGUUGCAAUAUUUAAUCCAAUAACAUAAAUUAUAUCUGUAUUUAAGAACUUUUUUGUGCAAUACAGUCUAAUGGUACAUAGAAACAACAACUGCAGCAAACCAGAAAGAGGCUUGCAUUUUUUUAACAUCACUAACUGAAAAAAGCCAAUUUUUAAGGUGUAGCAUUACUCAACAUGCUCUACUGAGUACAAUACACUGACUUUUUGAAGCCAAUAUUUCUGUAUAGAAAGAGCUAUUUAUCACUGUUUAUUUAAAAUAAAUCAAGUGGAGGAUUCCUCUGGUUGUUCACUGCCAAAACUGUGGCAUUUUCAUUACAGAGUUUGCAAUGUCAAAAAAAAAAAAAAGAAAAAGAAAAAAUAAAUAAAAAAGAAGGAAAAAAAAAAAAAAGCACAAACCACUUAAAGGGAUCCAUAUCUGAGUGACACAAUCUAUGCGCUGAUAUUGUUUAAUUGUUAAAAGAACAAAGAUUUUCAAUGUACAUUUCAGAUGUCAGAUACUGUAAUUGAUUUAUUAAAGACUGGCUACCCAGUUCUAACACUGUUGUAUAAUGUUAUGUACUUCAGCAAAAAAAAAAAAAAGAAAAAGAAAAAAAGAAAAAAAAAAGAAAAAGAAAAAAAAGAAAUAAGAAAACAAAAACAAGAACAAACACAGAAAGCUUGAUAAUUUAGUUUUUUUUAAUAAAGAAAUUUAAUAAAAGAUUGCCUACAUGUAGCAUUUUAGAGUAUUUUAGAACACUUCGAUGAAUUGCAUCUGUCCUGUAAGAUUUUUUUUGUUGUGUUUUUUGAAGGCUAAAUCCAGUCAAAAAAUGUUUUUAAGCAAGUGUUUUACAAGAUGGUGGGUUAAAGAAGACUUAGCUUCUGGCCUCAUUGAUUUUGAAUAACUCCUUGAAAACAAGGAGUUUGGAGUGUAAUAUUAAACCAAAUUUCAAGGGCUCCUAAAUCUGCAGUUCUUACCCAAGCAAAAUGCCUACUGAAACUCAGUGGGUGUCUUUCCUGGGUAGCGAGUCCUGUAUUGAGCCCUAAAUGAGAGCUAAUGCAGCACAGUACUCCAACCACUUUUCUGCCACGGUGGUUUUAGUAGGUGUUUGCUUGGCCUUUUUAUCCAAAAAUAUCCAAUUUAAGGAUGCAAUUUGAUGUUUAAAGAGAGAGUGACUUGGAACUUAAAAAAACCAACAUCUUCAUACCUACCAGAUAUGAGACAAAUAAGUGUUCCCAUCCCUCACAAACUGCUAAAGGUAAACCAUGAGAUUGUUUUGAAUGCUAGUUAAAUAUAUAUAUGUAUGUAUGUUUGUAUAUAUAUAUAUAUUUAGCACCGUCAGCUCUGGUCUUGUACUAAGACUUAGAGGCAAGGUUCUUCUCACUUUCCUAGGACUAAAUACAGCAUACUCCCAUUGCUUUUGAUGGGUCCAAAAGAUUUUACAGUUUUGUAACUAGGUGGAAUCUGGCCCCAGCAAACUUGGCUCCAACCAGCAAGCUACUCCUUGGUGCCAGCUCUUGCCGAAAUCGCUGCUGCCAAGGCUGCUCUGGCUCUACACAGUAGCUGGUAGGAAACAGGUAUUAGUUUAUUUCCUGGGGCUUAUUUUUUCCUUUAUUUUACUACCUCUCUCUCUCUCUCUCUCUCUUUUUUUUUUUUCUUCCUCUUAAUUUAUUGAACAUGCUUCAAAUAGCAAGUCUGGGGAAUUUUUUAAUCAUUCUUUUUACUUGAAACCUGUGUGCUUUUUUUGGAUAUAUAAGAACAACUUAACAAACUGUUUCUUAAACUCAUUUGGUUUUGUAAUUUAUAUAGAAUUCAGGAGAUGAUUAAAAGGGCUAUUAUCUAUUCCCUAUGCAACUAUUUUAACUGUUGUAGUGUUUGACAGAAUGGGAUCUAAAAAAAAAAUCUGCAAAGUGGAAAACAAAUCUGUUUACAGUGGCGUUGCUGACUAUCCUACCAUAUUCAGCACUUUUAAAUAUUGUUAUUUAUGAAAAUGUAGUUUAAAAUGCAAGACAAAGUAUUUAUAAAUGUUUCUUUUAAUAAAUAACUGUUUUGUCUGAAAGUGUUAUUGUGUUAUGACAACUUUAUUCAUGUUGGUUAGCUACUUACCAUUAUGAAUAAAAUAUUCAAUUAUUAUACCGAUAGAGUAAUAGCUAUGAUGUUUACAAAUCCUGAGGGGGGGGGAAGUCAGUGAGAAAGGACUGCCUCCUUCUACUGUGAAAUACUGUUAGAAGAAUGAAUUUUUUUGGCUUUUUUUCUUAACUGGAAUUUAACUACGAUCCUACAUAUGUUUAGUAUCAUUUAAUACCAGUUAUAUUUACUGUGAUACUAAACAUACACGGCAUCAUAUAUGUAUAUAUUUACAUAGUGUAAUUUCAAGUUUGUUGGUGUUUGAGGCACAAACAUUUGGUUCACACAUCUAAACAAUGUGUAAGAGACAAAACUGCAUGCAAAAGCCUUUACAAAUGUAGACUUACAUAUUCUUAAUGUUACUAUUUGAUGGUGACCUGCUAGUCAUAAGCUAUCUUUAUAAGAUAUUUCACAUAGGUAGAAGUUCUUGUCAAAACAGACAAGUCAUCCUUUCAAGGACAUUUUUAAAGCUAACUGUGUGGGCCCUAAAAUAUUACCUGGAUUUCUAGCAAAAGAUUCCAAAACCUGUAUUUGGAAACUGUUACAUCAUUUUGACAAAUAUUACACCAGUCUUCAGUGUAAUACUGCAAUGAAAUCACGUUCAAAAUUUCUUGUCUUAAAUCCUCUAUUUGGAGGGGUUUAUAAAUUGAACAUGACUUGUAUGAAGUUUAUUUCUUGGAGCAAAUGCUCAUAUUAAAAUGAUUAAUAGACAUUUCAUCUAUCAGUUUGGGUUUCCCAAAAUUGUAUGAAAAAAUGGAUAUAGUCCAAAUGGACAACAACUUGUGCCAUAACAUGAUCUCAUUGCCUGUCAUACAGUUCUUUGAACACAAAAUGUAAAACAGUCAAGCUAUUAAACUGAUUUAUUGUGCAUGCAGUGUGCAAUACACUUUGAAAAACUGCCUAAAUACACUUAUUCUAUAGCCUGGAAUAAAAUAAGUAUGUAUUUAA